AGGAAACUCAUGUUGCGGGAUAAGAAAUGAAUAAUUGGAAAUGAGAAUGUGGUGCUGUUUAAUACUAGAAGCAUGAGUUCAGCAACUAAGUUAUGAGAAAGAACAAAAAUUGAGGAAAUUGAAAAUUGAUAUUGGAUCACUCUUAAUAUAUCUCAAAUUCAGACAAUAUGAGUUACGAUGAGUCACAUGAAAUUGAUCAAUGUUCUCCAAGUGUCAAUCAAAAAGCAAUGUACCAAGCAAAAUUGCCAGACUCCGAAGAUUGUGAUGCAGUUGGAAAUUUUGAAAAAUCUUCAAAUUGUACCACCUGUGAAAAUGAUGACUUAGGAAUUAAUGAAGGCGUGGGUUUAAAUCAUCAAGGAUGUGAAGAAGUUGACUUGCUCCAGACAAAUGAUACAACACAUCCUGACCAAAUAAUCCAUGCAUCAUUUCAAGAAGCAGAACAAUAUGCUCCGGGAAUUCAACAAGGAAUUGAUGAUGUGAGUGGGUCACCAAAUGUCGAAAAUGAGUUACCAGAUAUUUGGAAUGAGUCACCAGGUGUUGGGAAUGACCCACCAGAUGUUGUUAAUGAAUCACCAGAUAAUAGGAAUGAACCAACAGAUGUAACACUUGAGUCAAAUGAUGUUGUGAAUCCAUAUUAUGAUCCAGGUGUAAUAACCAAAGAUGAACAUCCUCAUCGAAUUGAGGAGCAUACUGCAGCAGCUGAUAUGGGUCUUUAUGAUGUUAAACAAGAAGCAGAUGAAGAAGCAUGGGAUGUGUAUAAUGCUAAUACAGAUAUGGACCAUAAUGACCAUGUUAUUGACAUAAAACAAGAACUUCAGGAAGAAGGUGAUAUUGAUGAAAUUGAUGCUGAUAUUGAUAACAGUGUAGAAGAGGAACAGAUGGUAUCCUCAGCAAAUACUCCUGAAGCUAAGAUACCCAAUGCUAGUAAAUGGAACCCUCGAAAGGCAAGGAUACAUCCAUGUUUAUACUGUGAGAAAAGUUUCACAGAGAAGAGCAACCUAAACCGCCAUCUAUCCAUGCAUACAGGGGAGAAGCCAUUCAAAUGCGAUACCUGUGAGAUGACAUUCACGCAUAAGUACAAGUUGACCAAUCAUGCUAGGGUUCACAGUAUAGAUAGACCUUUCACAUGUGAAAUAUGCCAUAAGGGCUUCACUAUGAAACACAGUCUGAAACUUCAUGAAAGUACUCACUCUGGUGAAAAAACACCACUCCCUAGAAUCCAUCAGUGUUUGCACUGUGAGAAGAGCUUCAUGCAUAAGAGCAACCUUACCCGACAUCUGCUUAUGCAUAGUGGCGAGAAGCCAUUCAAAUGUGAUACCUGUGAGAUGACAUUCACACAUAAGUACAAGUUGACCAAUCAUCAAAGGGUCCAUAGUCCAAAUAAACCUUUCACAUGUUUAGUAUGCAAUAAAGGUUUCACAAUGAAAAACAGCCUAAGACAGCAUUCGUUUAUUCACACCGGAGAAAAACCAUUCAAAUGUAGCUAUUGUGAAAACAGGUACAUCUUAAAAGGAGAUUUAACUCGCCAUGAACUUAUUCAUACUGGACAUAAACCUUUUCAAUGUGAAACCUGUGAUAGAAAGUUCCAGUUUAAAUGCAACUUAACCAAACAUGAAGUAAUCCACACAGGGGUAAAACCAUUCAAAUGUCAGUAUUGCGAAAAAGCUUUUUCACAAAAAUGCAACUUAACAAUGCAUGAACGGACACAUACCGGAGAGAAACCAUUUUUUUGUAGAGUUUGUGGUAAAAAGUACACUGAUCAAAGCAACCUGAAAAAUCACAUGAGGAAACAUGACUCAGUGGAGAGCUUUUUCCAGUGUGGGUCGUGUAAAUAUUCAUUUAAAUUGGAGUCACAGUUAGCGGAACACGUGAAGAAGACACACUUUUUGAAUUAUGAUUUAGUGCCAAGGAAAACGGAGAAAGGUUUACGUGAAGGUUUGAAUAAGGAAGAAUCUGAAUAUGGUUAAUUGGUCCAUUUGAUUUGCAAACUUGUAUGUUAUUUUUAACUGGAAUUUUUGUGGAACUUGUGUUUCAAACGUAUAUAUCAUUUUAGAGUGGUCAGAAUGUUACAUCUGGACAGAACUAUGCUCAGGGAAAAAUGAAACUAUUCAGGGAUUUUUAUUAUGAAAAAUUAGUUUGAAAAUUAGUUUAAACAAUCAAAUUGAUUGAUGUGACUGAUUCGCUUCUAAUAACCAGAUGGGGACCAGAGAUAUUGAAAUAUAUGUGUAAUUGUGAUACAUUUAUAUUUUGAUCUAUAUUCACUAAUAUCAUCAAAAUGAACUUUAAAUAUUGUAUUUAAGGAAAUUAAAUUGGCAAAAACAAGCAAAAUUAAAAAUGC